AGAAAAGCACGAUGCAGAAAGAAUGAGCUAGAAUUUUAUCUUGAUUUGUUUGAAAGAAAGUUUGUGUUAUUAUUUGUUAGGAAUCUGUUUGGUUUACUCAGAAACUACUUUGGAGAUAACAGUACUCGGUGUAAUAGCUAUUGUUACCCUCAUUGUUUGGUUAUGAAACAUUUUGUAUAAAAUAUAACUCUGAAAAGUUGAUGUUGAAUCUCAAAGCCAAAGAGCCACGAAGACCCAUUUCACGCCAAAGGAGCCUCCAAAGAUCGGGAGCCACAGCGGAACGCAGUGAUUCUUCACCAUGGUCCGCGCUGAAAUCCGCAAGCUGCAGCUCCUUUUCUCAGAUCCAGCCCAGGCUCAGCCACCCCUUUGCCCGCGUCCCCCUCCCUUCCCCUUGCAGAGCUGAGCAGCGUUGUCUGACGGGACGCCACCCCUACCAAUCAUGGCAAGGAGAAGGGAGUGAGUCUCCUCUGAGACUGCGGGGAGGGAGAGACACACUCCAAAGCUCCCUGCGUGCACUAGUGUCAAAUGGAACAAGGAGAGCAUUUUACCAAAUACUACUUUUCAUCAGAGGAGGAAUGGGCGAGGAGGACGCAGUAAAUCUGCACAAUAUAACGUUGCCCAGCCUUGAUCAGCAAGGCAGUCCUGCCAGAUGUGCCAGCCCGGGUGAGAAGGGAAGGCUGUGUGCGAAGUGGAGUCAGGCGGGCACAGGAAGUCGGCGCUGCGUGACGCACUUGGACGUGGAAGCUAAGAAAGUGGAACUCGGAGGGGCUGAGAUGAGGGUCAGCUCAGCACCUGCUGGCGGCGGGUGGGGGUCGCCGUGGGCAUUUAUUAAAGGCUAUGAAACUUUCGGUUAGGCAGAAGGAAAAAGCCCAAGCAACCUACCGUACAAUGAGGUGAAUAUCGUUAAAAAACUGCACUUUACAAAUCACUGAGAUGGCAGAUUUUAUGAAUUCUCCACCUAAGAAAUGAUAGGCAAGUAAGGUAAUGCAUGUGCUAAUUAGCUCAGGGGAUCCACUCCGCAGUGUAUGCAUUCCGAAUAUCAUGUUGCACAUACGCCUUUUAGUUAUAAAGCAACGCUCCCCAAACUACUACGACUUUGUCCAGACAAAACAGAGUACUUUAUGCCUAUUAAGAAAAUCCAAUUUACACGUUGAAAUACCCAAAAUAGAAAUUAGAAAAUACAAAUGAUCUCACCAGAUAAUCUCAUCAAAUGUCUAGAAAAGACUUAGCAACAAUUCAACACAAACUCUUGCAGUGGGGCACACCUAGCUCACUAUUAAAAACGCAAUCAUUGUAAUCUACUCUGAUAACAGAGCACAAAAGAAAACUCACAUCUUAUUACUUGACAGAGACAAAAAUUUGACAAAAUUCAACACCCAUUUAAGGUUAAAAUUCCCCCCAAGUAACAGGAAUACAAGGGGGCUUUCAUAUGUUGAUAAACACUACUGAUAAAAUCAUACUUGAUUUAUUUAAUUCAUUAAAUUCAUUGGUACAUUUUAGGUACACAACAUGAUGAUGUUCAUCACUGGGAAUUUGUACCUGUAGAUGACAUAUCUUGGUCAUUCUUAAUGUCUGAAAGGCUGCUUUCUGGAGAUCAGGAAUAAGAGGACAAAAUUCAUUCUGAUCAUUCUUAUUCUUGGAUAUUUUAUCUAGGUCAGUAAAAUAAAAGGAAGACUAGCAUAUAAGGAACAAAGCUGUCUCUUUUCUGAUGGCAUGACUGUCUGUGUCCAAGACCAGAGAGUAUGUGAGAAUAAGAGCAGCAGCCACAAAGUCCUCAACCUGUGAGUGAGUUUCCUAAGGCCAGGUGAUAUAAGAAAGUCAAAUGAAAUCAGUUGCCUUUUAUAUAUGAGUAAUGGGCAGCAAGUUAAAAUAUAAUACCAUUUACAAUCAGUUAAAAAAUAAAACACUUAAAUAUAAAUAUAGCAAAACAUAUUCAGUACUUGAAUACUCAACAUUUUAACACAUGAAAGAAAUUAAAGAAGACAUAUGAA